AUGAGGGACCGGGUGAGAUUCAACGUGGGCGGCCGUGUCUUCGAGACCACAGCCACCACACUUGCGAAUGCGGGACGAGACUCCCUAUUCGGAGCCUUACUCGACGAGAGCUGGGACCUCCGGUCGGAGCCCACAGCCGAGCACUUCAUCGACCGCAACCCAGACUGCUUUGCUGUUCUCCUUGACCUCCUCAGGACGGGCGGCCUCCACAUCCCCCCAAACCUACCCGAGAAGCUCCUCUAUCGGGAAGCACUCUACUACGGCCUUCUUGGCCAUGUACGGGCUGCCAGGUGGGGCCCGUUUGAUGGCAACGCCCUCUGCCUGUCCGCCUCGGUUCCAGGCCGGGCCCCAGGGGACGGUACCGCUAUCCGGGCAGGGCCGGACGGAGGCUGCUGUGUGGCCCAUGGCAGCAUAGUCCAUGUGUACGACUGGAUGCUGGACGAGCACCCGCCGAUCAACCUCGAUUACCAGAGGGUUAACGACGUCAUUUGGGUCGACUCGGAAAAUAUCGUGAUUAGCGCGUGCGAGCGGCUCGGGAGAUACGAUGGUGGAAUGGGCCUGUUCAGCUCGUCGAAUGGCGAGUUAAGGUGUAAAUUCCAUGUCACGCACGAGAAUCAAGUUAAGAGCUACACUGGGGGUGCCCUCAGCUUCAACUCGGACUAUAAGAUUUUCUCGAGCUGUAAAGGGAGGAGCAACGAGUACGGGAUAGGUGUGUGGGAUCAAGUGACGGGAAAGCAGGUGGAUUUCUUUUACGAGCCUCCCGGAUGGUCGCUUGGCGAGGCUGACAAGCUCCAGUGGCUCGACGGAACCAACUGCUUGCUUGUGGCGACUCUUUUUCCGAGAAAAGAUAAUUGUUACAUUAGUUUGCUGGAUUUUAGGGAGAAAAGCAUGGUUUGGUCGUGGUCGGAUGUGGGGGCCCCGGGGACUGACGAUCGUAGGGUUCGGGAUGCGAUAGCCAUGGAGGACACGAGCUCGGUUUGCGUAGUGAAUGAGUACGAGGAUUUGGGGUUUAUGGACCUGAGGCGGCCUGGUGGGGCCAUCAGGUGGAGCUCGAGAAGCCGGUUGAUGAAAGGGAAGAUGCCGGACGAGCCAUGUUAUCCCAAGCUGGCAUUGCACGGGGGGCAGCUCUUUUCAUCCAUGAACGAUUGCAUAUCGGUUUUCUGUGGGCCCGACUGGGUUCUCACGUCGAGGCUGAGGAAUAGUUAUGGGGGUUCGAUUUGCGAUUUUUCUGUCGGUGGGGAUAGGCUUUUCGCUCUCCACAGCGAGGAAAACGUGUUUGAUGUGUGGGAGACCCCGUCUCCUCCGAUUAUGUGA